GGUGGAUGUCCACCGCGAUCUCGGUGGAGCAGCAAGAUGUGUAUGCGUCGCGGCUCAAGCGAUGCGGCGAGACCAGAGAUCUCGUCGAGGGCCGCCGGAUCCACGCCCAUGUUAUCGACAACGGCCACUUCUCGGACCGCUACGUCUCCAAUCUGGUGGUGGACAUGUACGGAAAAUGCGGCAGCGUGGAGGAGGCACGCCGCGCCUUUGAUUCCAUCGCGGCGCCGAAUCUCUUCUCUUGGAACAUCCUCAUUGCCGCAUAUGCCCAGAACGGGCAUUUGGGCGAAGCGCGGCGGCUCUUUGAUUUCAUGCCCGAGAAGAACGCCGUGUCCUGGAAUGCAAUGAUCACUGCGUAUGCGCGGAAUGGUCAAGCUAGCGACGCCAAAGUGAUCUUCGACGCUAUGCCAAGACCCACUGCUGUCUCUUGGAAUGCCAUGAUCGCAGCAUAUGCCAAGAACGGGCAUCUGGAGGAUGCUCGGACAUUGUUUGAGGCGAUGCCAUGCCCGAACCUUGUGACUUGGAACACAAUGCUCGCCGCUUACUGUGAAGCCGGGGAUAUGGAUCAAGCUCACGUAAUGUUCAAGAGCAUGCCCACGCCGGACGUAGUUUCGUGGACUACCAUUCUCUCCGCAUAUGCCUCGAGGGGUGAUCUUGGUGAGACAAAGGCCGUGUUUGCAAGUAUGCCGCGGAAGAACGUUGUUUCGUGGACAGCGAUGCUGAAAGCAUACAUACAAGCUGGUGAGAUUGAUAAUGCGAGACUACAUUUCGAGAUAAUGCCCGAUAGAAACAUCGUGUCGUGGAAUGCAAUGGUUGCAGCAUAUGCCCAACAUGGAAACUUGAGAGAAGCGAGAGCACUGUUUGAUAGCAUGGCGAAAAAGGAUUCCGCGACCUGGACGACGAUGGUGGUCGCGUACGCGAGCGCAGGCCAGCUGAAAGAGGCAAUGGAUCUCUUCAAUCAGAUGCAACAGCGAGAUGUAGUAUCUUGGACUGCAAUGCUCACGGCCUAUGCCCAAGACGGACAGCUGAACAAAGGGAGGGAAUUGUUCGAUAGUAUGCCUCACAGGAACGUCGUGUCGUGGAACGCGAUGAUCGCCGGCUACGCUCAAAACGGGAACCUGACAGAAGCAAGGGUCCUGUUCGAUCGAAUGCCGGUAAAGAGUACCGCUUCGUGGAACGCUGUGGUAACCGCGUAUGCCCAGGCCGGAGACAUGGAGGAAGCCCGAGCUCUGUUCGAGAGAAUGCCUUCCAGGAACACUGUGUCGUGGAACACGGUCAUCACUGGCUACUCGCAGCAAGAACAGCAAGAGAAAGAGGCGGUGAGGCUGUUCCUCAGGAUGGACCUGGAAGGCGCUCGUCCCGACGAGAUAACUUUCGCGUGCGUGAUCGACGCGUGCGCGAGCUCCUCGUCGCUACGAGAGGGCCGGCAUUUGCACGAGGAGGUGUCGAGCAGCAGCGAUGUGGCGAGAGACCCCGUGGUGUGGAACUCGCUCAUCAACAUGUAUGGAUCUUGCGGGAGCCUGGGAGAAGCUCAAGCGCUCUUCGACGCCAUGGCCAACAAGAACGUCGUGUCGUGGAACGCAAUGCUUGCGGCGUACGCGGGCGCCGGGGACGAGCUCCAGGCGCUGGAGCUGUUCGGGAAGAUGGAUCACGAAGGCUUCCGUCCCGACGCAGUGACUUUCAUCGUCGUUCUCGCAGCUUGCAGCCACGGUGGGAUCUUCCAAACAGGACUUUUGCUCUUCGUCUCCAUCGCGGGGGACUACUUCGCGACUCCAACCGCGGAUCACUUCCUGUGCGUGAUCGAUCUGCUGGGACGAGCCGGGCUGGUGGACGAGGCGGAGGAGGUGGUGAAAACGAUGCCAUUCGAGCCAUGCGUGGUUGCGUGGGUGUCGCUCCUCAGCGCUUGCAAAGUCCAUAACGAUGUGGAGCGCGCGAGAAAGGUAGCGAGCAUUGCCGUGGAAAGCGAGCACGCUGGUCUUCUUGUUCUUCUGGCCAACAUGUAAAUAGACUGAACGAGAGAGAAGAGCCUCGAGCUUGUGAAACAAAAGAAAAAAAAUUCAUUCUCGUCCUUGAUUUUUCUAAUCGCAAGAGCCAGUCAAUCAAUCAUGUAAAUCUGCGCAUGUCCACAUCCACACGACACGACAUUAUUGAUGCCUCCAUUCCAGACACACUGAUUGACAACGCUGGAGAGAGAGCGAGCAAAAGCCCCUGUAGUGCGUGAUCCGUGAGUGAUAGAUACCGAAACUUUCAUAGCUGGAUCAAAUAAUAGAGUGUUGCU